GGGACGCGUCAAGUGGGCACAUAUAUCAUACAAUAUACGGUAAAAAUGCUAACGCGGGAGCGAGGAGGACGACAGGAAACGUUUUUUCACUUUCGUACCGGCGUUAUACGUUUAAAAUGUUGGUACAUAUAUACUACAGUUUACGGUACAAGUUGGGCAGAAGGAGGAAAUAGAAUUACUAAGAAAAACUUCAGGAAUUUUAUCGCGUUCCAAUCCACAUGGGAGCGGUUCAAAAACACGCAGGAUGACAGAUCGGCUAAUGUCGUCAGAAUCCGGAGCACAGUUACUGGCUCGACUCGAAGGAAGGCGUUCCCCGAGAAACACUGAGCCCCAUCUUUUCCUGGAGGACAGCAGUCCAGCUCAAGGUGAUGUGGUCGAGUUCUACGGCGCGGAGGGAACAGGCAAGACGGAGAUGCUCUACCAUCUGGUCGCCCGCUGCGUCCUUCCCGCCGAUUCCGGUGGCCUGGAGGUGGAGGUGAUGUACGUGGACACGGACUACCACUUCGACAUGCUGCGCCUGGUGACGAUCUUGGAGCGCCGGUUGCCGCAGGGCUCCGAGGAAGAGGUGCGGUCCUGCCUGCGGCGCCUCUACGUCGUCCACUGCGCCAGCAGCCUGCAGCUGCUAUUCACGCUGCGCUACGCGGAGGACACGUUCUGCAGCCGGCCUUCGCUCGGCCUUCUUGUGGUGGACAGCAUCUCGGCCUUCUACUGGCCGGACAAGAGCGGUGGAGGGCACAGCGUCGCCAGGCAGGAGUCCAACCUAAGGAGGUGCGUCGAACUCCUGGAGAAGCUCUUGAAGGACUACCGCAUAGUGGUGUUUGCCUCCACGCAGGCCGUCAUGCGCGGCUCUUUCCCCGACGGAGCAGGGCCAGACGAACCGUCCCUCUCGUCGUGGAAGCAGAGUUCGUCCGCCCGCACGGACUUCGGCAGGACUUACCUCUGCAAGCCGUGGCGAAGAAUAGUCACACACAGAUUGGCGUUCUCGAAAACAGACGCGAGGAGGGACGGAAAGCAGGUUUUCUCCGUGGCGUCCUCCAGCACGAGGACGAACAGAACCAAGCAGUGCUCCUUUUCCAUCACGGAUGUGGGUGUCCAGUUUAUUUAAGUUUUUUCUUCUACAUUUCUCCACGUAUUUACUAAAUUGCGAAUGGAUGUGUGCCCUUGACGUGCAUUUACUGUUACGUGCUAUUCUGUUUUUAUCUGUUGAUGGGUUUUUCAAGGUUUUUCCUUUUAACCAUAACUUGUCAUUUACCGGAAUGUUAUUAAUAAAAUGUAUUUUUCGAUC